AUGAGUACACAGGAGACUAUUCAGAAAAUAGAGUCUAUUCAAGAAGAACCAAAGAAGUUCUUCGAAAGUGACGCAGGAGAUGGGACCUCAAGAAAGGACCAGUAUCUUCACGGAACCAAACUGGUGAUGUGUAUCUCUUCAAUCAUGAUGUGUAUGUUUCUCGUUGCUUUAGACCAGACAAUCAGUUUCACCAUCUUGGUUAAAGUGUCCGAAAGCUUCAACUCCUACGAAAAGCUCACCUGGAUCACCUCUUCGUUUCUGCUGGCAUUGGGAUGCACCGCACAGAUAUGGGGUAGACUAUCGAUUAUCUUUGGAAGAAGAUGGAUUAUGCUCUCUUCUAUCAUCAUCUUCGAGAUUGGCUCGUUGAUUUCAGGUGUUGCAAAAUCUAUGGACAUGUUAAUUGGUGGCAGAGCUAUGCAGGGAGUUGGCGGAGCAGGGAUUCAGGCCUGUGUGAUGGGAAUUGCUACAGAGGUCACUACUAUUGACAAGAAACCAAUGAUUCUAGCGAUGAUCGGAGUGGUCUUUGUUGUGGCCUCCAUUCUGGGCCCAAUUAUUGGCGGACUUUUCACCACAUACACCACCUGGAGAUGGGCGUUCUAUAUUAAUUUGUGCUUUGCAGGACCAAUUCUGCCCCUGUUCUUGUUUAGUUUCCGUCCACAAACACCGAAGGGAGGACUGAUGGAGAAAGUCAAGCGGAUCGACUAUCUCGGAGCAGUGUUGAUGAUUGCCUCGCUGGUUUUGCUCCUUCUUCCAUUAUCUUUCGGAGGAAAUGAGUACAAGUGGAACUCUGGCGUGGUGAUUGGUUUGUUUGUCGCUGGAGGAGUUUUGGGCAUUGCCUUUUGUGUCUGGGACUUUUUCUUCGCAGAAAACGCCGUUCUUCCAAGAGAAAUUAUCACCACCAUGGGUGUUGUCACCUCGGCGCUUUCUGUGUCGUUCUCAUACGCUGGGUUCGUGGUCGUCACCCAAUUCUUGGUGAUCUACUUCCAAAACAUUCAUAAUCAGACCGCUUUCCACGCCGGGCUUUCUCUGCUCCCAAUGGUGAUCUCGCUCGUGCUGAGCAAUGUCGUGGGUGGAAUUGUUUCGCAAAAGACUCGUCAUGUCAAACUAAUUGCUCUCGUCGGCGUGGUGCUCUCGUUUGUCGGGAUCGGUAUUCUGACCCUGUUGGAGAAGGACUCUCCGAACUCCAAACGGUACGGACUGCAGGUUCUGUAUGGACUUGGUGUUGGACUCGCAUUCCAGCCACCUUUGGUUGCUGCCCAACUCGCCUGUCCAAAAACACCGGGAAGUACCAUCUUGACCAUGACGUUCAUCUACUUUGGAAGAGGUAUUGCAACGGCUGUCUUCUCGCAAAUUGCACAGGCCAUUUACACUGCAACAUUACGCACAAAAAUCGGUCACAUCCCAUCGCCUGACGGGGUUAACCUUGAAAGUGUCAUCAACAAUACUGAACUGUUGGCAACACUCGACAGUUCUACUGGAAACAUGGUGAAACAAGCCAUUAUGGAGUCCAUCAAGAACACUUUUUAUCUCAGUAUGGGUCUUGUUGCAGUCUUCACGAUUGCAACCAUCCUGAUGCCUAAUACACGGAUCCCUCCAAAAGACCACAUUGAGAAAGAGUGA